AUGCUGAAUAUUUGGACCUUCGCGGUCAUUGCGCCAUUGACCUCACUUGUCACGUCCACAAGUGUAUGCGGCGACCAAGGAGGGCCGCCAGGGUCUACCUGGACCAACACCUGCGACCUCGCUGUGCUGGUGGGGCAAAACGGGACUGGUCCCGAGAAAACCUGCGCCUCCACUAAAGGGGUGUCUGCGCAGCUGGAUAGCGCGUUCGGCUGCGAUCACGUAACGACGAAGAACGACACAGGUGCCAGGCCCGGGUACUCCAAGUGCCGCAACAUCGUGGAUCAGGCGAUCGAUUUUCAAGGCUCUACUGGUGACUUUGUUGUAUAUUGCAAUGGGUGCACGAAUGGAACUGGCUGGACGCAUGUCAAGGUCUACGACCAGAAAGGCUGCCCUAGACCAGAGCUGAAGCCGAGGGCGCAGGUGUACGAUAUUGUGAAAGGGUUCCCGGAUCCCACUGCUGGCAUGUGGUGUGCGAGUGUGAGUAUCCUAGUCUUUAUCGCGGACUGA